AUGGAGAUAAUGAAGGAGAUGAGGAAUGAGACAGCUGUCCAAGAGUUCAUCCUGCAGGGGUUCCCUGCGCUCCAGCACCUCGGGAAGGUCCUCUUCCUGCUGCACCUGCUGGCAUACCUGGUCUCCCUCACAGGGAACACGCUCAUCAUCACCAUCACCUGGACGGACCAUCGCCUCCAGACACCCAUGUAUGUUUUUCUCAGCAGUUUCUCCUUCUGUGAAUGCUGCUUCAUCACCACAGUGAUUCCUGAACUGCUUUCCAUCUUUCUGUUGGGACAACAGAAGAUUCGCUUUGCUGCUUGUCUCACACAAGCCUUUUCUAUCUUAUUUAUUGGGUCAACAAUUGCCUUACUCAUGGCUGUGAUGUCCUUGGAUCGAUACCUGGCCAUUUGCAAGCCUCUGCACUACCCGGUCAUCAUGAACGUGCGGGUUUGCUUCCUCCUGAUGUUCUUCUGCUGUGCUUUGUCCUUUAUCUUCAUCUCCGCUCUGAUACUGAGGCUUUCCCAGUUGUCCUUCUGUGGCCCCAAUGUCAUCCCACACUUCUUCUGUGAUUUCGGUGCCUUAAUACACCUCUCCUGCUCUGACACUAAAUCUAUAGAGGCAUAUGCCUUCUUCCUUUCUGUAUUUGUCAUUAUUUUGUCUCUCACUGUGACCAUCAUUGCAUACAGCAACAUUGUAAUCACAAUAGUGAGGCUGCCAUCAGCCAAGGAGCGAAAGAAAGCUUUCUCCACCUGCUCAUCUCACCUCAUUGUCCUCUCUCUCAUGUAUGGCAGCUGUCUUUUUAUAUAUGUGAAGCCAAAGCAGACGAGCAGGGUGGACUUCAACAGACAGGCUGCUCUGGUGAACACAGUGGUGACCCCUGUGCUGAACCCUGUCAUCUACACCCUGCGCAACAAGCAGGUGCACCAGGCUCUGAGGGAUGCUCUGCAUAAGGUCAGACUACAGAAAUAG